CGAUCGACGUAUUAAUGAGAAGUCUCGUGAUCGAGCCAAUACGCUAUGAUUUCGUUUAUAUAUAUUAUGGUCCCUGGUAGGGUGCGGAUAUGAAAGCUUAUAAUCUCUUUAUAAUAAUCGGAUUAAGUAUUAAUAUAUCUAAGAAUCAAUUUAUUCGCUUCUGUCACAACUAGGUUAAUAAGAAACAUACAGUAGUGAUUAAAUUACGUUGUUAUUAUAUGCGUGUAGGCUGUAAAGGUAAAGACCUAUGUUUAGUAUGAGUAUAUUUUCUGAGCCCACGUUUGCUGUAAUUACCGGAGGCAGUCAAGGACUCGGUCGCUCCAUAACUGAGGCGUUUGCUACAAGAAUAACUUCGAAGUCCGUUAUAGUUAUCACUGGUCGAAAUUUGGAUGGUUUGAAAGAUACAGCACGAAGAGCUCUACAAAAGAGGAAGCAGAAUGGGAAGGAAAAUGAUAUAGAGAUACAAUGCAUCUCGGCUAAUCUGUCUGAUUUUAUGGAUGUCCGACGACUGGGCAAAGAAUGCUUGGAUGGAAGAAGAAGCAUAGAUUUCCCAACCGCCCUACUUAUUCACAACGCUGGGAGCUUAGGAGAUUUAAGCAAAGAAGUUUGCGAUUUCGAAGAUCCAGAAGAAGUAUCUAAAUAUUUCACGGUCAAUCUUGCACAUUUACCCUGCAUCACUGGAAACUUUCUAAAAUGGAGAAAUGUUGAAGAAAACAAUCUGAAAACUAUAAUUAUCAAUGUCUCUUCACUAUUUGCUAUUCAACCUCAUCCCUGUUUCAGUUUGUACGCUUCGGGAAAAGCUGCAAGGGAUAUGCUUUUCAAGGUUCUUGCGAAAGAAAAUCCGGCAAUCAGAGUUUUAAAUUGGGCGCCGGGACCUUUGGAUACGGAGAUGUCUGAAACUAUAAUGAAGACUUCGAACAAACACAACACGGCGGAACUUUUCAUUAAGUUAAAAGAUGAAGGUAAAACUCUGACUUGCGAGCAAUCUAAUAUUAAACUCAUGGAAGUUCUUGCAAAAGGUGAAUAUGAAUCUGGACAGCAUGUUGAUUAUUUCGACUAGAGAUAGGCGAUAAUUUAGUCACUCUGAUAUUUUUUAAAUUCUCAAGGCGACCUAUAAUGGGCUUCUUUCAGACUUUCAAUAGGACGAUGUGUACAGUGCUAUAAAUACCAAUAUUAUGCAAUGCUAUAAAUGCUUGAAUAUCACAACAUUUCGUUUGAAUGUAUCUAUUUAUUUUGCUAAUGUUUUUGCUAUUUUAUCACAUUGCAAUAUGUUUAUCCUUGCAAUUGUUCUGCUUACUUCUGCUGUGAUUUCUUCAAUUUUUUAUCUUUGUUUGUUUUUUGAAAUAGAAACAUGUUGGUAAUAGUAGAGAAACUCCAAAUUCCACUGCUUGCUUAAUUACUAAUUAGAUAAAUCAUUUUCGAUCUGAUUUUAUAGAACAUGAUAUUGUACCAGUGAUUUUAUUUUACAAAUUUUUGAAAUGUAAAAAGUGCUAUAUUAGAUGACGUGCAAUUAUUUUAAUUGUCAAUGAUCUUUUUCCGUCGUUUUAAUUAUAAUACAUUUGUCUUGAGGUG